AUGUCUCUGCGUCAUAACCAAAUUCAUGGUCAGAACCAUGUUGUUCAAGGGCAAUCGAGCCAAGUAAAUACACUGAAUAAAGCUCGAUACAGAAAGGCAGUGUACAGUGCACUGUGGGUGCAGGUAACAUUGGUUAUUUGUUAUCUGCCGUACGUUAUAGCUGAAGCUUUAACGCCUCAAAGGGAGAUGCCUUUAUCUACUUACCUUGCUUUGCAAUUUACAGGUACUUUAGUGCAUUUAAACUCGUCGUUAAAUCCGUUUCUGUACUGCUGGAAGAUCACAGAAGUGAGACAAGCUGUGAAAGAAACAUUACAACAACUACACUUCUGUACCUGAACUAAGACUUAGACUAAGAACAUUUACUAAUAACGAACUUGAUAAGAAAAUAUAUAUAAGAAAACCAGACAAAUGUCCUAGUUCGAAUUGCACCUUUAAGAUUGUUUUCUGUUUCAUUGCAGAUUGUAAAGACACAAACAAAAUCAUUUGUUUAUGUUAAAAAGUUUAAUAAUCAUAAAACAAAAUGAAAAUAUCACUAAAACUAGUCAGUUAGCUAAUUAGUUCUCUGGCAAUGAAGACUACGAAGCAGGCACAUAUUCUUAAAGAGAACAGCUCACUUGCUCGCAACAUCACACCGACAAACUCUUUUGACUAAUGUUUUUUAAAGCCAGAAGACAAUCAGAGAGCUUUACUGUUCUGCCGAAUUUACUGGAGAGGUACAUGGCGAAGUUAACUUGAAAAUACACUGCAUAAAUAACAGCUGUUGAUAACCAUAAAAGCCACUAUGUUCAUAGUAUAAUCAAGUUUAACAAACGUCAUAAGUUCAGUUUGGUAACACUAAUCAGGACGCAAAAAUAUUACUUUUCCGAAUGUUUUUCUCAUAAUCGAACAAUGUUUAUUGUGGGAUAAUCAGUGAGGCCUAGUACAUGAUGUAAGUUAAAUUUGAUGGCCAAUAAAUACACAUUAACAUUGUUUUGUUCCCUAAUACAGGUCAUUUUACUAAAAGCUUGCGAGCAUACGAAGGCUUUUGUUUUUAGAUAUAAUGAAAAGUGAACCUAGCCUCCCCGCAGACGUCUUUGGGGUUCGUUCGUCACGCAUUCAUUUCUCUCCCACGGACCGUGGGGGAGAAAUGAACCCUAUACUGCUGGUUUGCAGGUGACGUCACUACGGCCAUGUUGGUGGUUUUCUUUGUGAAGUAACCUCUAUUUUCAUUUAAAUCCUUCGAGAAAACAAUUCUAUUGUAUUGAUCCCCAACAUGGCCGCCUUGUCACGAGGCUGCAAACUAAGAAUAUCCACAUGGUAACGUGAUAUCAAUGGAGGAGAAGGGGCUGUCAUCAGUCCUCCUCGGCGGAUUGCUCAGAUGACUAACUGCUAACUACUGCUGUUAUUUGCCAUCGUAUUAAUUGUUUUAUCCAAAAUAAAGUCUGUUGCGAGAUCGAAUUAUAGCAGGAAUUAGUAGCAAAAGCGAAGUACUUUCUCAGCUAAGAGCUAAAGAAGACUCAUAUACAGUGCUUAAAGGAUGGAACAUCACCAUAUGGCCCUAGGGCACGAAACCCCUUCUUUUACAAAAAUGGGCCUUGGGUUCAUAUAACAGUUGAGUACGCCACCAGCACAGCUAACUUUUGUCCCCUCUCACUUUCAAAUUCGUUCCUACGGGCCUGCAUGACAAGACAGCAUAUCUCGGGGAAAAAAGCGGCGAGAAAACUGCUUCGAUUUGAAAGUUUGGCUGAGCUUGGUAAUUUGUAUUGCGCGUCACACAGAAAAACAGGAACACGUUGAUUUGGCCAAUUGAUUAUUUGUUGGUGAAUCAUAAUAAAACUUAUCUUCUCGGAGAAAUGGUAGUCUUUCGUUGUUUUCGCUUUAUUUGUAAUUAAACUUUAAUCUGAAUAAUUAUUAUAGGUAAGUGCAUCAAUCUUAGCCAUCGGUAGCGGUCCGGCAAACUGAGAAAGUUUUACCUCGAAUUAUGGAUUGCUUACUAGCCUACGUAAUUCAGUUUACUUUAACAAAGGGAAGAAGAACAACAGUCAACAAGCUGUAAAAUAAUCGAACAACGGACAGAGGUGCUAUGUACAAGUUGCUGUAUACGGGGAAAGUAUAUAUAUAAUAUAAUAGUUUUACCUGGAUUUUUGAACUUGGUUUAGCAAAAAAAUCAACUCACUCUACUACUUGGCAAUUUAAAACAAUGAAAAAUCAUUAAAAGGCCGAUUAAAAGCCUUUAACUGACGCCGGGCAGUAAGUCAGUAGUGGUCCCUAGAAGUAUAUCAACGAGUCACAAUUUUAAUGAUGUCAAGUGAUUUCUGCACCGUUCUUUGGAGUUAGUCGGUUGCAGGCAAUUACCUUCAAGAGGGCAUUCCGGUUUCUUGACGGUAAUUGCCUCAGACAAAACGUGAUUUACCAAGCGACUGUAACGACUGGAACAACAACAGAAUCAUACAUUGGACUCAGUAGCCACUAACUUCAAAGAACAGUACAGAAAUCACUUGACAUCCUUCCGACACGCGAACAGAAGAAACGAGACGGAACUGUCCAAGCGGGUGUGGACCCUCAAAGAUGCCAACAGAUCCUUUCACGUGCAGGGGAAAGUACUCAGCAAAAAAAGCUAGCAAAAAUGUAAUCUGUGCCUCCAAGAAAAAAUUUUUAUCAUUUGUGAAAAACACUUAUGUACUCUGAACAAAAGAAACGAAUUAGCAAGUUCGUGCCCCUACAGAAAUAGAUUCACUCUCAGAAAUUUUAGAAUAACGUAAAGCAAGGUAACGAAACCACACGGAUCCCGAAAAACCCAUCGGGGAACCUCUAUACCUCCGUGUCGACUUUGUGUCUAUUUACAAACGUUUUAAUCACUCUGCGUCUGCCUCGUCACCAGCCUCUCGCAAUCGCAUAUUCAGAGACUUUUAAAAUCGUAGGCUUUCUCAUCAUCCCGCACUGGCUGUUCUACACUCGUUUCCCACACCCCGCAUUCAACUCCGCCCUCCUCACUUAGCUUUGGAAAAGAUACUUAUCAUGUUGCACGCGCAAACAAUUCUCAGACGUAGUCUAAAAAUUGUUUUCUCCGAGUAGUUGCAUCUUUUUCACAAAACAUGGUGGAGUUGCUUUCACACCCCAGUGCAAAUUGCGAACUAAAACAAAAUGCCCUUCAGCAUGCCUCCAGGGUGAACCUGUUUACAGUUAGUUGUCUCCUAGAGAAGUGCGAUAGUUUUAAAGCACAAUUACUCUUCCACUGCAUUUUUCUUCAAAAGCCACUGCAAUACGACCCCGCUGGGACACUGUUAAUGCAAGGCUUCGUGUUCCAAAAAAAUUAUGCUUUUAAGUUUGGUUCAGCUGAAUCUUUCGCUCAAAGUCUCCAUUGACAGUGUAUAUUGCUACUAUCAGGAGGUGUGUCUUUCUUUCUUCACCAGCGACUACAACGUGUUCACCAACUGGGUGGCACGCAAUGCGGUAAUAGCGAUCUCCUUAGAUGUUGACACUGAAGUUGGCCAGAUGUAGUCCAUCUAAAUUGAACAAGUGACAUGACUGGUCUGAGUCCAACACCAUAACUCGCCCAUCUUUAGACGCAGUGAUUUCCUGUGCAGACUUGAUUAUCCCUUCACAAAACGAACCAACAUAGCUACCGUUCCUUGCAUGGUAUAGAUCAACCACUUUAUGUUCCUUCAAUAUGAACACCUUGCUACCGCUGACGGUCAUUCUGUUGAAACCGCUCCCUUUCCCAACAGAAAACCUAAGCUGAAAGUCAAGAGUCUCGUUAAAGACUUGCACUUCAAACUUCUCUGGCGACGAGAUUCUGGGUUACAUCAACUGUGUCACUAGUAGAUAGAUCGUAUUGUCCACGUCUGAAAUGGUGAGAUCAUAGAUCUACGAGGUAGUUUUAGAUUGGGGUCUUACACUCAUAUAAAAGUUCCCAUUGCUAUCGAACACUUUCAAGGUAUAAUAGUCUGCUAUAAGGAACUGUCCAUCACUGCUUGUAGCGAUACCAAGCGGGGGUAUUCCUUCUCUGAUCCUGUGAUACCUCUUCGAUAAAUGACCACCGAAUACAGCAAUUAAUGCCCCAUGCCUUGUUUUUUUUAAGAGCUGAGCUGCUUCCUAGUACAGAGCGGACUUUAACUUCUCAAAGUUCCUUCCUCUCUAGGCCUUGAAUUUUGGAAUAAUUAUUACUUUAAUUUAUUAAAAAUUGCUUUUCUGCUGAAGAUAAUAGAAGUAAGACAAGCUGCGAAACACGCACUUAGGAAACUUUUUCCGUUUAUCGACUUAGCUAACGUUUCAGAAAUGUGCAUUGCAACCCUGACAGACAAUCCUGUAGCAAAAAACAAAUUCCAGACAUCAUCGUCCGUUGUGAUAGAUUUCAAAUGUGUCCCUACAUUCUCGCCUUCUAUCAGCAGUUAGGAGAAAUCUAGACUCUUCAUCGGCCCCGGUUCUUCAAAAGGUAGAUAGAGCUAUUAUUAGCUAUCCACUGAAUACUCUCUAGCAAGUGGAUAACGCAAUUGGUUGGAUUAACACGUGAUUCACUGGCGAGAGAUAAUGGAUAGCUCUCCCCGCUAAACUUUUCAACGACUGGGGCCAGUCUACAAAAGCACUUGUUCUAAGAUGAUUAAAAAUUUCCAUGGUUAUAACACGAACCCCUUUGAUAAUUUAUGUGCGUACGUACUGGGUCUUUAAUGGCUCUUGACUGGGUUGAAUACAUACCUUGCUUUUUGAAUAACGAAAUUCCCCAGUUUUGCUGACGUAUUACCCACUUCCUACGAAAGAUUAUCACUCGUUCGAUGAAUUGGGGCGGUUGAUCAAAGGACGGUAUGUUGAGUACCAGGUUGAGUACGUACCUUGCAUUUGAAUAACGAAACUCCCUUAAAUCGUGAAUUGCGGCUGUUCAUCAAACGACAACUUUCAAGGGUUUAAAAUACCUUGUAUUGAUCAGAGUAUCGCGAUCAAGAGAUCAAGAGCUUGAACUAUUCUCCUGCAUCAUAAUGACAAAUAUUGUAGAAGAAUACAUCCACCUGGAUUUGAACAAGUUGAAAUUCUAAGACAGAUCUACCAAGUUUCAGAAGUUUACGCUCGUCGACUGACAACACUGAGCCCAGAGGUGACAAACUGAACAGCUUGAAUAGGUAGGUUAACCUGAUUGUUUAGAAAUCGACUGUAAGCUUUCAUGCACUCCUUAAACUUUAAGAUUCAUUCAUUCAUUCAUUUUUGCCAUUAACCACAUAUAAAUACAACAAUAUACAAGAAAUUUUUGAAAUUAUUUACAAAAUUAAAUUUUUAAAGUGGUAAUGACAAGGAAGCCUAAAUAGAAGCCGGAGGCUUAUCUACUAUAUGCUUCCUGCUACUAUAGGGUAAACCAUGGGAGUUUAAGGGUGUUGAAUGAAAAAUGGCUUAAUUGUUAAAAGAAAAGGUAUGUGGCUCAAAUGAAUAUAUUUUACUGAAAACUAAUGGAAUUUACUAAUGGAAAAAGCAGCAAACGCCAACCGUAACAUUUUCCUGCUAAUUCCAGUUGAGUUCCCCGUUUUCUGAGAUCUUCUGGAUCGUGGUGUCAAAACGUCCUAGAAAUACGAUGGUUGUAUCUAACAUGUUAAAGCCUUGUUAUUAAGGGGAAAACAUGUCUCGGUAAAAAAGGAUCACCUGCUUAUCUGAGCUACCUUGGGUGAGCCAACUUUUUAUACAUUUCAUUACAAAACGUGGUGUACCGUUAACAUGAGAAACAGAAACUUGGCUUGGCUAAAAGGAUGACCCACUUUGCCGGAUCACUCUUUUAGGGUGGUAGGGUCACCCUCCUAGCCGGGUCAACGUUUCUCCAUACAGCAAUUUCGAGAAAGGUUGUCAGAAAAAGUACACGCGACCAUCCCGAAAGGUAUUGUGGGUGGUUUUGAGUUCCCUGUUCUUCAAAGAAAUUUGGAAGAAUGGCACAAGAGGCCAUAGACGUAUGUUUUGCUAAUGCUAAAGGAAAGCAACAAUAGACGAUUCGACAGCUACAGGGUCAGGAACAGCGUAUUGAUCAUAUCCCAUAUUACCUUUAAUUUCGGGAUUGUCGCGAGCACAUUUUUUCUGUUAACCUUUCUCGAAAUAGCUGUAUUGACACGUUGGCUCGCCCAGCUGGGUCGACUCUGUCAAGGCGGCAAGAUCAGAGCAUGCGUGAACGCUGUUGGCUCCGGCAAAGGGGUCAACUUUAUUCUCAUACAAACGCUCGCUGAAGUUGACUGGACUGGGACCGUGACCCUCUCUCGGGACAACGUUUCUUCACAUACCGUAAAAGAGGGUCUAAGUAUCUCCCAAAUUCAAUAAUAACAGCAACUCAUUUAUGGAGUAAGUUUAAAUAACGAUGCUCGGGCCAUUGAGAGACAUAGAAUUAAAAGAGAAUAUUUCUCUGUUAUUUUUUUACUUUUAUUUUAUUUUUUGUCGCUUUAAUACUGUAAUGUACAUUAGCAUGUAAUCUAUUUUACGCAUGUCUAUAUGAUGAGUGUAUAUGAUAGCAUCAAGACUCGCACUGAACGCACACGCGCAGAUUUUCUUUCCCUUGUGGCGUUGUUUCUACAUAUUGAGUUUCUGGAUCAUUCUGCUUAUGAACUGCGUCAGUUUCGACUGUGCAAAUGUUUCAGUGUCGUCAGUGUCGUUGUGGUUGUUGUUGUUGUUCACUUGGUUUCACGUUUUUGAUAAUCUAUCCUUGGUGUAAUCCGGCAUUAUGGUUCUCAACGGAUAUCAUGCAAGCAAUAACAUGCAUAUUAUUUUACAAAUUCAAUGCAAAAUCCCAAUUAUACGUUACAUUAAUGUGACAGCUUAUUUGGUCUAACAUGAUUUUUCUUGGCGCCUUCGUUGUGUUUAUAAGUUAUUCAUACCGAUAAUUACGUGUGUAUUAUCUUACAAGCAAAGUUAUGCGUUGGUUACUACAGCUGAUAAUUCCAGCGUUUGCAUGUUUAUUAUUUUGAAGGUCACAAUUAUAUGCUCCGUAUAACUGAGCUACGUGCUCAUCACUGAUUUCCCUGAUCAUGAUCCACUUCUUCCUCUCCGUCGUAAUCGUCCCUUGGCUUACUGUCAUUUUCUUGGAUCUCAAUUUCUCCAUCAGCAAGGAAAUUCCUGUUCGAGAAGCCUGUUGCUAAGUUCCCCUGUUCUGGACUAAAUGUCUGAAUAAAGACAAAAAAAAUUGAGGGUAAACAAUCAGCUAUGAUCUUUUAAUUCGUCAUGAUCAUCUAUAAAUUGUACGUUUAUCGACAGAAAUCAUUGAUGGUUGUAGGAUUUUCCUGUGAAGUAUUUCCUGACUCGUCACCGGUCGGCUUUGCGUAACGCGCACGCCAGGAGCAGAGAUUGAUGGGAUUGGAAAAGGGAAGAACUCUCUCCCUCGCUUUCCUCUUUCCCAUCACACCCAGCGCGCCACUAGGGAGAGGCUGCGAGGGACGAGUAGGGACGUGUCAGGAGUAUUUCUUUGUUUUUUUUUUUUUAACCUUUAAAGUAUAAUCGUAGUAACACCUAAAGGGUCAGUAAUUACUGCCACCUCCUUUACCCCUCAGCCCUGUAAUCCAAGUCCAGUCCUGUAUACGAGUUUUAUAUAUUUGUUUAGUAAUGACAAAUUUGCAAGUGCCUUUUUAGGUGGCAACGAAAGGUGCUAAACUAGAUUAAGACAUUGGUGUUUGAAACCUGGAGGGUAAACUUUUUGCCAAUAAAUCAGAACUGACUAUAUUCGUCUGAGCUCGAAAAUCAAAGCGAAAGAUUUACUUUUGUGGGUGAAGGAUGGGGUUGGAAGGGGUGGCCAGGAAUGCAAGGUAAGGAAGGUUGUUGGUUUAGACUCCCCUGAUCCCCGCCUCCUUCAUACCCACCCCCUCUCCCCCAAUUCUCUCUUCUAUUUUCCAGUAAAGAUUUAUUUCCCAUUUUACCAGUCAAUAAAAGGCCAAAAUAGUCCUGGCAUUUAAUUGAGGAAUGGUAACAUACCAUGAAAACGAAACGCAUUGACAAACUAUUGCACUAAUAACUCUCACCUUGAGUUCUUUACCAUGAGAGCGUGCCGAGGCCGUCUUGGGUGUGUAUAUUUGUUCGGAGCCAGACAACUGGCACAUUUCAAAUGAGGAGCUAGAAGGGUUGUAGACAUUCGUCUGCACAAAUAGUCUUUUUCUCGUCACGGAACUUAUAAAUGCUCCUCCCUUGAAACGCGCUGUUUUUUUGAGUCUGUUGUUUUGUACCUGCCGAAACAAGAGAGUACAAGAUUGCAUGUUACGGUGAGAUCAUUUGUGGUAAGAACAUUGGACGGAGCGUGCGCCAGAGAGGAAGACAGACAUCGUGGGAAAAUGUUCCGAGUUCCGAAAUAUGAAGAUUACUGUCUUUUUCACGUGACCUCUUUUUUCAGCCUGAUGGUUUCCCUCGACGUCCUCUCGCCGUGAAAAUCAGGUUGUAACACUUGUCCAUACUUAAGCACGGCAAAUGAUUGAUUAUGGUGAUCAUGACGAGUUGGAGUUAAAGUAUAAGCUUAUAUGAUAAGGAGAUGUGAAUACAAUUUUCCAUUUUAUCAGUUAUGAAACGAUCUUAAACAUAAAUUACACCUGAGAUUCCAACACCACCCUUCCCCCUAUGUAACGAUAAGAACAAUAAGAUACCUCGAUUUUUGCCGGGUAGCCUUAUGUGCUACCAAUACGUUAAGCAUUACCAUCGAAUUACAAGAUUGGAGUAAAGAAUAACCUUCGAAGGCACGAGCUCUGAACAAAGAGGAACUUACCUUUUGAAUUCCGACAAGAAUCAGUAGGAUGACUAUUACGGGACCACACACGAUGAGAACAAUGAUCCAUCGUGCUAACCCUGAACUAUCUUUUUUGUUCCUCAGGGCACUCAGGAGGAAAUACACUCGUGAUGCUUACACUGAUAGUUUGGUUGAACUUCUUAUCACCACCUUCCGCUCUCCUAAUGACAUCUUUCAAUCCGUCGGUUCUGCUUACGCUCCAUGUGAUUUUGAAGUAAAUUCUGUAAUCGAAAAUGCUUCCUUGACGGAAGUUACUUAUUUCCACCUUCAUAAAAAGUUCGUCGUAUGCUUUCUUGCGCACUUUGGUUAAAUGUUCAGUGAGUUCACUAUGAAGCGUUUUGUACUUCUCUGAGUUGAUAUCGGAAUAGGUAGGGGUCCACUUGUACUCAAUGGUUACGGAACCUUGAAUCAAUCGGAAUGUCACUGGUGAUUGUGAUGGAGCUGCCGAUGACAACGUUGAUUGUGAUGACGUUUGCCAUGGUGAUGGUAAUGAUGACGAUGGUGAUAGCAAUGCUGUUGACGAUGACGAUAUCAACUGUGAUGGCGAAAAUGACGAUGAUUGUGAUGACGUUGGCGGUAGAAAUAAUGAUGCUGAUGGCGAUGGAACUGGUGAUGACUGUGAUAGAGGUUGGAACGAUGAUGAUGACACUGGUGAUAAUGAUACGGAUUGCGUUGCCGAUUUUGAUGGAGCUGGUAGUGAUGAUAACUGUAACGGAGAAAGGGACGAUGGUGAUGAUGAUGAUGAUGAUAAAACCGAUUGUGAUGGAGCUGGUGUAUCCGAUGAUGACUGUAAUGGUGGUGGGGACGAUGAUGAUGAUGAUACCGUUUGUGAAGGCGAUUGUGAUGAAGCUGAUAAUGACGAUGAUGAUGAUGAUGAUGAUGAUGAAACCGAUUGUGAUGGAGCUGGUGUAUCCGAUGAUGACUGUAAUGGUGGUGGGGACGAUGAUGAUGAUGAUACCGUUUGUGAAGGCGAUUGUGAUGAAGCUGAUAAUGACGGUGAUGAUGAUGAUGAUGAUGAUGAAACCGAUUGUGAUGGAGCUGGUGUAUCCGAUGAUCUGACUGUAAUGGUGGUGGGGACGAUGAUGAUGAUGAUAAUACCGAUUGUAUCGGCCAUUUUGAUGGAGUUGGCGAUGACGAUGAUGACGAUAGCGAUGAUGACUGUGAUUGAGGUGGAGAAGAUGAUGAUGAUAACGAUUGUGUUGGCGAUUGUGAUGGAGCUGGUGAUGACGAUACCGAUUGUGAAGGCGACUGUGAUAGAGAUGGCGCUGACGAUAACGACUGUGAUGGAGGUGGUGAUGACGAUGCCGAUUGUGACGAUGAUUGCGAUAGAGCAGGCGACUGUGAUGACGACGGAGACGAUGAUGGCGUUGAGGGCGUUGGCGGUGUUUUUGCCUGUGAUAACCCUGCUGGUGAUCGUUCUAUUUGUGGUGUUGAUGAUGGCGAUGGUGACGAUAAUGUCAUUGUUAAUAGGAAUGACUCUGAUGAUGGCAAUGAUGCAGAUGAGAGCGAUGAUGAUGAUGAUGAUGGAGGCAUCUGUGGUAAUGAACUCGUUGACUGUGUAGUGGGCGAUGGUGUUGGUGUCGAGGAUGAGGAUGAGGACAACAUUGAAGCUGAUGAUAUUGAUCGUGAUGAUAAUGACAAAGAUGCCGAUGAUGCCAGUUCAGGUGUUACAAGUAAUGAUAAUAAAUGAAACGAUUGUGAAUGCGUAGCUGACGAUGCCGAUAGUGAGGUUGUCGAAGUGAUUAAAAAUGACAACGAUGUCGAUGAUGACAAAUGUGGUGUUCACGAUAGUGAUAAUGACAUUGAUUGGCGUGAACUACUAAUCUCGAUGGACAUGUCAGAUAUACUUGCCGAUUCUAUUGGUGAUUGCAUUGAUUUUGUAACUGAAGAGGGAGAAACAAAAUGGGAAAGAUAAAUUCAUCAUUCUUUAGCUUUCUAACAUGAUAUAAGCGUGUAGAGGUGCGGUGAGCGAGAGGUUAGCACGACCAACGUAGCAUCUGUAGGUCCAGUGUCGAGCCUUUUCACUCAUUAUUUUCACAUUUCCCAUAAUAGGCCUUGUUUCAGUUCGGUUAUAAGCCCCCCCCUCCCCCUCCUCGGGAUAUAAGUCCUCCUUAAACAAACCCCUUACGAAUUGUAUAGGCCCAGCGGAAGUUCAGGGUGUAUGGUUUUAGUGGUCUAGUAUGUUACGAAUUAAGCCCCGUUGGUGUCUUCCCCUGUCUUCUUUUUUAUUAAUAUGCAUAACUGUCUUCCUCCAUACUAAUGAGGGUAUUCCUGCAUACUAAUAACUGUCUUCCUCCAUACUUAUUAAGUGCCUUCCUGCAUACUAAUUCGGUAUAGGUUUACUAAUAUGCGUCUCUCUCUACUACUCUAGGCACAAUAGGCUUGCCCGUUUAGUAACUUGAGCCCAGUUUUCGGACCGUGUAUUGAAAAACGAAUAAGAGAAGCGAUCACCUAGCAACGCGAGAAACUGACGGCUUACUAUAUCUUAUUCAGCGCUAUAAAUCAGAUAUAUAAACAAAACACAAACGCGCAUACACACAGUAGAGCUGAAAACUCUUUACUUCAAUUUUGCCUGACUAUUACAAAACCGUUGUCUCCGUUCUAUCUCGAGGAAAUGAAAAACUAUUAAAGUCUUGUCAUUUUCACGGACCGUUGGUCAGUUCAUGAUUAUGCGAGUUAACAACCCGACAUUUGCAUACAAAUUGCCUCUACAGCUAGUCCCAAGGGACAGUCUUGGCAAAUUAUUAUAAAAUCACUAAACAAUAAAAAACUUAAGAAGGAUCAAUUGAAAUACGCGACUAUUAAAUGCUAGCGAUAAAAUCAGACACGUUUCCUAAGACACAAGAAAUCCACUUUAUGACCCUAAAAUAAAAAAAAUAAUAAUCAUUGAUUUAGAAGGAAUCUAUUAAAAUAGUCAAAGAAAGCAAGCUAUUUUUUUUACCCUGCGUUUCCCUCCUCCAUUUUUUUAUUCCCUCCUCAAUGUUUUAUUCCCUCCUCCACAAUUUUAUUAUUUUCUCUCCUCAAUGUUUUUCUUCUCUUCUCCACAAUUUUAUUAUUUUCCCUCCUCCUCCUCCUCAUUUCUAAAACGUGACACCGACUCUCUUGUAAGAAAGUUAAAUUUGCAUAACGCACUCAUAACGUGAGCUUGGGAUGGCUGUGAUGAAUCCUUGUCCAGGAUAGAUUCAUCGGUUCAUUUAGGGGCGGACCAUUAGAAACGCUAUGGUGGGGGGAAUUUUUGAGCCACAGGAAUUUUUUUUCGUUAUCAAAUUCCUUGUGUGAAUUGUUUUUAGGCCGUGGCAUGAAUAUCUUUUAGGGUUAAUUUUCGUGCAUGAAUUUUUUUUCCCUUUCAUUUUGCCUUGCGCGAAUAUUUUUUUUUGUACUUCGCCCGCCCCCACCCUCGUUAUAAGUUUUCUAAUGGUCCGUCCCUUAAUCUACCAUUAUCCGAGUGAUCUCGGAUCACUGAUCCUGUUCCGGAUCAUCCCCUGGGAUCACCCCAAAGGAACGCACCCCAAGUAAGUGUAAUGAAUUACUACUUGCCUUCUUCCUGUCUUCCUUUUAGCGUUUUUUUCCGAAACAAUGUUAUUGCAAUUAGGUGUAAGUCCUGGUGCUCUUUCUUUCAUUUGAAAAUAAGAAUUCAUUCGCAUGAGUAUGAACUGGUUUUUAUAUGUUGAGCUGCGCACAAGCCAUCGCUUUAAAAAGAAGGUUUAGCAUGCUCUGAAACUGUUUCAGUUUCAGUUUAGUUUCAAUGUAUUUUUUUUGCCAGAAAAAAAUACAUAUGCAUACAGACAUUCAAUAUAUUACAAAAAUGUUAUUUAAAGAUUAAAGAGACGUAAAUUGCAAGUAAAAGAAUUUUAAAAAAAUGUUCUGGCGAGGAAGCUCAAAUGGAAACCUUGGGGCUUAUUAUAUGAGCUGGCUCCCUAAACUAAGACUAAACAUAAUGAAUAAAUAAACGGCAAAGUUAUACUGAAAUAUAAUUAGGAUAAAAAGGAAGCAAAACAAAACGGACAAAACAGACAAAAUGCGGCAAAAAACAAGUAUUAUUUACAAAUGGUUAAUCAACUAAGAAAUAUGUUGUUAAUCUGGAUUUAAAAAGAGAUAGUAGCAGCAAAACAAACGUAAAGCAUAUUUCCUCUUUAAUUCUCAUCUCGUAAGUAUAUGGUACAAACUGACCCAGACAUAAUUUAGCCCAUUUUUGAACAUGUGUAUAACUGUUAAGACUUCCUGGCUGCGAUGAGACGAUUAGUAGUACAUUAAUAAAAAGCCUUUCUUAAUCAAUUUGAAUCUUUGUUCUACAGAUGUAUCGAUCAAGACUCGGUUUUAUAACUUUGUUUCACUGAUCAUGACAGUUUAGCUCGUUUUCUAAAAACCAGACAAUUGUGCUAUUUGUUUUGCCAAUUGCACGGCAGCAACAAGAUUGCCAAUAGCUCUGUCGUUUAAUAAAAUGAAAAUACAACCCACAUAUCUAAUUGGUUUUCAACAUGAUGAAGCUAUCACAUAAGGAAAAGAGAUAUAUGAAAAAAAGGUUCGCUUGAACGUAGUUGCUUCGGAGAAAAGUCAUGGUAAUGACAAACCACCAAGCUAUUAGAGAACUGUAUUGUUCUGCAAAAUUCACUGGAGAGUCGAGGAGAGGUACAUGGCGAGUUAAUUUUUCUCUAAGACAAAAGAGGAUAGCUAAAUAUGAUGGUGAAUGAUGGUGCAAGUUCUAUGUUAAUAUUUUGGGUUCACUAUACUCAAUCGAAAUGAAUGUCACCCUGGCGUUUUUAAUUUAAAUAUUUCACCUUUCAUACUAGGUCCGAAUUGGACGCGCCGGCAGAUGAUGUGAAGGGGGGAAAUAAAUUUAAAAAGCAAUUUAAAUGAAGAUAUAAUCUUGACGUAGUGAAAUAGCAAUUUAAGCAAUUGCAAAUAAAGCGCCCAAAACGUUAAAGUUAUAGCCCACAAAGUUUGACAUGUUUGGGGAUAUACUCGGUUAAGACUUCCUCUUGUAAAGAAAACGUGGCCAAUUUAGUGCUGGUAUCCAUGUGAACGUCAGUCAAAGUUGAAGAAACACGGCACAAGCAAUUUGAAGCUACAAAAUACAGAGACACUUUAAUAUAAGCCCCACCAGUAACAGGCUCGCCAAUAUAUUCUCCUCUAACUUGCACUGAAAUGAAUUUGAUUUAUUAUGAUAUUUUGAAGUUUUUACCAGUAACUGCAAAACAUAUUUAAAUCAGCACUGCGUUAGCUUCUUUCGAACAGCUUUUACCAAUUCCGUUAUAAUCCCCCUCGGAUAUAAGCCCCUCCGUUUAAUUUAUCAAGAUCCCUUCUAAAAACCCUUACAAAGAUGUAUAAUCCCAGGGCUUUUAAGUGGCAGUUUACGGCACCGCAUAUCAUAUGUUUGGCUCACAAACUUAACACCUCCGUUAGCAAAAUUUUCUCGUUCUUGCUCUCACUCUUACUAAAACUGCUGAUUGCUCUCAGCUAAUCGUCGAAUUCAAUUCUUUUUUUCGUGAUUUUUAUGUGAUAAAAACAGGUUAUAUUCUAAUUUCCUAAGCUCAAACGAACGUUUUAUUUUCUUUAAUUCCCACUUCAUAAAUGGCCCAGACUUUCAAGCCCAUUAUUUGAACAUUUUACAUUGUUACUGAGACCUCACUGCCUGCGAUGACAUUACGAGCGCGUCAGUUUAACUUCUAACAAUUGACGAAAACCGUUUUUACUCAAUUUGAAUAUAUGCUUAACAGAAAUAUCGAUCAAGACUUGGUUAAUAGACUUUUAUUACUAACAGUUUAACUCGUUUUCUAAGAGCCAGGUAAUUGUGCUAUUUGCUCGCUAAUCGCACGGCAACACAAAGGCAACACCAAGAUUGUCGAAUUCCAUCGUUUAAGAGUGAUUUUCUGUAAAAUUCGAACUUCGGCCUCACACGGUACCUCAUCGAUUUGGCUGAUUUUCGGCAUAUAGUCUUAGAAUGGUGUCCUAAAUACUGAAUGCAUAUUCUAAGGUUCGAAUUCUCUUUGGUUUCAAAGAUACAGGAAUGACAGUUUUGACGAGGCCUCGAGGGGCCGCCAUGUUGGUGAACUGAAGGAGAUUUACGGUAAUUAAUUCUAGCCUUAAUCGUGACUCAUACAGUUGGAAAGAACUAUCCUUCCUCUUUUCAUUUACCUACUCUUAUCUGAAAAUGGUUAAGCCUGAGCUACGAACGACUAUAACCUCUCACAGCACUUUUUCGGUACUCAAAAGGUACACAAAUUUGGUAGAAAUUGGAAGGUCAAUAUCACCCAUGCCACAUCGAUUUAGACUAAGCCAUUUUAACUAAACAUAGUUUGUUUAUAGAUAAGUUAGACCGUUGAAUAAAAUAAUUGGGCAAAUGCAACGGGGCAGAUAUAUAAUUGCAUGAAUGCGCAAUGGUUCAGCCACUUGGCCGCUAAAACUUCCAAAAAAAAUUCGGUGAAAAUUUGAAAAGAAAAUUCUUUAAAAAUUGAUCGUGUCUCUUAAAGCCUAUCUAUCGCUUAAAAAACCCUCCCUUGUAAUGUAAAAAGAUGACCUUUUGAUUCUGAUCUUGCGAAGAGCUUGAAAUAUGCGCUAAAAUGACAAUUAUAAAUUUUGUUACACACGGCACUAGCUCAAGUUGGGUGAGGACAAAACAUGGACCAGGGGUCCAUGGACCCCCUCUUUGGACCGGGUCCAUGGACCACGUUCAUGGACCGGGUCCAUGGACCCCCUGUCAUGGACCAGAUCCAUGGACAGUUUUUUUUUUUUUUUAUAAGAAUAAGGUUUUGCACCAGGUCCAUGGACACUCAAAAACAGAAAUACAGUCGAACCCUGCUAUUUCGAACUCGGCUAAUUCGAAGUCCCCGCUAUUUCGAAGGAAGAUCGAAUUCCCUUGGAUUUACCCUUCUCCUUUACGCUUCCCCGGUUAUUUCGAAACCCCGCUAUUUCGAACUUUUUCCCAUUUCCCUUGGGACCUCGAAAUAGCGGGGUUCGACUGUAGUGCCAAAAAAAGAUUUCACGAGACGCUGUCGACCAAUGCUCACGAUUGAUACAAAUAUUUAGUUGUGCUUACAUGACGUACACUCUGCUUGCACAAGUGCAGUCGCAAGACUGUUAAAUUAAGCUAAUUCAAAAGUUAUCACCAAGAGAGGAAUUACGCCCUCCAGUUUAAAGACUCGCAUCACCCUUACAAAAACAAGCUGGAGUUAAGAAUUCAUUGCUUUUAGAGCAGUCAUGACUGAGUCACAUCGCAAUUCUCCAUAGUUGAUGUAGCUUCAGUUUAAGCUACAAUCCAUGCCACAGUCUUCUUCUUCGAGAUCUGGUUCUGUAAAUCACUCAGUCCGUGAGAAUUUAUAAUCGUCCUGCUUAAAGCGCUAAGGAGCUGGGCCCAGCGUGACAAAACAUUGCAGGAAAAAGUGACAUUCAUGGACAAAAACAAAGUGGCUUAGAAUUAUUCAGAUCCAGGAUGCACUUUGGAGAAAUUAAACAACCUAAAACCCUUUUAAUCAGCCGCAAUGAACAGCUUUACAUUUUAAAAGAGGUAGAAAAUCAAUAUGUGUCACGACCUCUCAGUAUGAAAUGCGCGGCAAAAUUUGCAUUUGCUCAGUCAAAACGUUUUCCUUCGAAGCAUAAUCUACCAUCAGAGAAAACAAUUCGUUGGAACAAGUAGCAUUUUGGCAUGAGGUACCGACCCCCCUUUUUUACACCAUGUAAGCACAACUAAACAUUACUGAUCAAUCGAGCAUUGUUUGUUGUUGUUGUUGUUUUUUAACCUUAUUUUUGUACUAUUUCUGUUUUUGUUGAUUUCUCGUCAUUAAAAAAAACUGUCCAUGGACCCGGUCCUUGACAGGGGGUCCAUGGACCCGGUCCAUGAAAGUGGUCCAUGGACCCGGUCCAAAGUGGGGGUCCAUGGACCCCUGGUCCAUGUUUUGUCCUCACCCGCUCAAGUUCGCUCUUCGAGUAGCCAGACCAAUAGAAAGCCGCUCGUGUACCGCACAGUUACAAUUUUUCUCUGUAAUAUUUCGCUGUAUACAGCUACAAAUUACAUAUUUUCUUCGGCAAAGAUAACGCAAACGUUGUCAAUUUUUAUCUAAAGGCUAGAAAAACAAACUGUGCACUGCAGCUUUAUGCAAAUUAUAUGGUAUUCGAUAAUUACACUUGUAAACAGGAACCUACCUUUGCUAAUGUACAUUUGGCAGAUCUUUCCAGCGUAAGAUAUAAAACUAGUACAUGAAAUGAAAUUAAAGAACUCAUCAAGUCAAGUUACCUGAUCGUACCGUCAUUACUGAAUAAUAAGUCCGAAAAAUAUGACAUGGAAUGAUCGGUGGGAGACGAAGCUAUUUUUAUGAGGACAAAUAACUGCACGCUGGAACGGAACUGAAAUGAACAACCUUAAUCAAGUUCAGUCUUCUUGACGCUAUUAAACGUUUCACCCGACUUUGAACAGGAAGUUGUGUUUUAUUUUCUUUCUCAUUCUUGCAUGUAUUCUGCAGUUCGCCCAGUAUUUUUUCGUAACCUUGAAUUUUUUAGCAAACUGGAACUGUUAAGAACUACGACUCCCCCCCCCCCUUCCCCUCUUUGAGCAAACUUUCAUUUGGUGUGAUUAACAAUAAUUUUCGAAAGGUGACAAAGUGAAAUUUGAAAUGACAUUUUAUUUUACUUUUUUUAAAAAGCUCCUUUAUUUUCCCCGAUAGCCAGGAAUGUUUUGAACGUAAAGGCUCAAGUGUCGGUGUUUUUCACGACUCUGCUUGUGGACUGACCUCUCUACCAGUAUUACAUCAUGGACAUAAAAUCUGAUCCGAGAGGGUCAAACAGUAACUGAUGGGUCUCUGAAAAGCGAAAUGCAGUCACUUUGGGGCGAGUAGGCUAUAUAGAUGAUGAACUCAUUGUUUAUAACUCCAUGACCGUAUCCCAAAAGUCGAGCCAGCCCGGGGCGAGCGAACACAAUUUUGGGGCCACUGGCCACGCCCUUAUGUUUGGCGGGAAAUUGGCUGAUUUGUCAAAUCUCGUUAACUCCACGACCAUGCACCUUUCCAAAUAUUGCCCUCCUAAUCAUCAUAUAGUCAGGACCUCCCGUAAGCAUUUGCAACUAUUCUGAUUUGUAGAAGACUGUUUAACAGCUUUCAGUACUUUAAUGUCUCGUAAACAACACGAGGUACAUGUUCUGAUCUCUCCCUACCCCCCCAUCCAUGACAAAAAAAUUUCAGACCAACACUGAAGGUAAGUACAAAAAUAUGACCAUCUCGAGGCAAGGUUCAUCACUGUAACUUACCACAUAAAAGCCUUUUCGUUGUUGCCAUCGACUGAUUCUGUUCUGAAUACUGAGGUUCCAUAAACAACGCCACGUUUAGAAGGAGCCCGCCCUUUUCAAUCCAAGAAAACCCAAGUAGCAAUUUCACCAACGGACAUAAGCCGUAAGAAAAGGACCGCGUUAAAUAGUUCAUAAAAUCACACACGCCUCAUGACACCUUUAAUUAACUCUUUGUUGAUAAACUAAUUUUUUAUACUCCAUUUGCAUGGUGUACAUUUUGAAGAACAUUUGAAAACAAUUUGGAUUCCUACCCCUAUACCUUUAUUAAAAAUUAAAGUUGGGAAGUUUGUUGUUUCCCAAAAGUAGUUUGAACAGCCGAACGACAUUUUUUACGUGGAGUGGGGACGGCAAAGCUUGACUUCUCUCUUCUAAGGUAGAAAGUGUCAGCAAAACGUGAGAGUCGUCCUUGAGGGUAAAGUGUCUAACCUAAUUUUCUCACCGACUGCAAGUGCUAUUUCAUCCACGCAUAACCUCACCUAGUUAACAGAAUUAGCAAAUGUAAUGGGGAAACGUUACGAGAGAACUGAGUAACAAGUUAGGGUAAGUUUUGAAAAUUGUGCGCGCACCUGGAAAAUCCUGGCCACGCUCCUGAUAGAUACUUUUGCUGGAGACAAAUUGAAACGUGCUCGCUAAUAUAGUGACGACCAGAAAGGACAAGCCAUAGGAUAGUUCUAGAAAACCACCUAUUAAAAUAGAUCAUGAAGUUGUCGCGGCGGAGGAUGAACUUGCAUGCAGGCUUUUGAUGAAGUGCAAUUUUUCAAGGGAGCCCAGACAAGAUUAUGUACGAUGGGCACAGACUGCAAAACAGUCCGUAUUUUUGCGCAUUCAACUACGCGCUAGCAGUCAAACAAAAGGUCCGAGGCUGAAAACAGAGAGCGAGACUCGAACCUUUUGUUUGACUGUUAGCGCGUAGUUGAAUACGCAAAAAUACUGACUGUUUUGCAGUCUAGUCUACGAUGGGCACAGCUUGUUUGAUCUGGAAAAUUUAGAGAAGCUCAAGGCAAAUCGUUAGACAACACAUACUAGAGCUGAAAUAAAAAUCUUUUGCGCUUUUGAACUCUGUCCCUAAGAGUAAAGGAGAAAUUUUCCUUUUAUCAAUGCAUUAACCAAGUUGAUUAUGAAUGUUUUCUUAUGUUGGACGUCUUUCUAACAAGCACAUUACCACUACUUGUCCUCAGAGGCGUUCUUGACGAGCAGGGAAAAUUAGGUUUUAACGGUUUGAAAUUCAGGAUGCCAGAGUGAAGACGCCUUUUGUAUGAUGACGUCAUCGUCCUGCAGCAAAAAGCGUUCGUUUUUUACCACGAUAUUACGUCAAUCGGUACAUUUAUGUUGUCGAAAGGUCCGUGAGUAUGGUAAAUGAUUUUACAUUAAACUGCAGCCACAUCUUCAAUCACUCGUUAUUGUUCGCGAUAUCGGAUAAACACUCUGGUCGCUAACUGAAUUUUCUUUACUGUUUACUUUAUUUUGAAUUAGGACUGUCUUGAGUUGUCCAUGCAUUGACUGGCGAUUUUAAGCCUUUUCAAGGAACCAAAAAUCCAGAAUUGUUCCAAUAGGGUGAGGCAUUUGCGCACAGUUUUAAAGCCCUUCGGUGGGGUGACUGUGGUUUUUGUAGUCCUGGCCCGGGUUGCUCGAAGCACGGUUGGUGCUAACCAGCGUUACAUACCAUGGAAACCUAUACAUUUUGAUACCUCUUAACCAACGAUUAGCGCUCACCCCUCAUUCUUCUUAACCCUUUCCAAACCAAUUUUACUUUUUAUCAAAAAACCCUUUAUGGAAAGACAAAGAAUCUCCUCAAAACGGGCUUCGUGACUGAGACAAAAUACCUGAAAAUUCUGCACGGAACCGUUGUUAAUGGUGUACAAGGUAGAAUGAGUAUUAUUACUUUGCCAACGCCCAGCGCCCAACGCCCAGCGCCCAACGCCCGGAAGUCAUUAUGUUUAUUUCAAUGGCUCAUGUCUCAUGAGUUUUGAGUAAACGCUGUAAAUACAUGUAACUGGAACUAUCAUCGCAUCCUCGCUUACUAAU